GGCGGCGGCGGCGGCGGGAGCGGGCGGCGACGGCGACGGAGACAGCGGCGGCCAGCACGGAGGCGGAGGCCGGGGGCGCUGUGGGCAGGUCGCCGCGGAGAGGCGUGCGAAUUCCGAGUCGAGCCCCGAGGACCCCGCUGCCCCGGCCGGGACGCCAGCCACAGGCUCCUCUCAGGCAACCCCGGCUGCGCGGCGACCCCCAGCCCCUGCGGCCCCCCGUGCCCACUCCGCCUCCCGCAGCCUUCCUCCGCCCCGCAGCGCGCCCGGCCCGGCCCGGCCGUGGCCCUCCUCGGUGCCGGCCGCCAUGGCAGAGGCGUCCGGCGCGGGGGAAAUCUAGCCCGGGGAUUUCAUGCGGCCUAGUCCGGUUCCGUCUCCUCCCCCGCCGCGGCCCCGGCAGCUGCCUGCACCCCAAGCCCCACUCCGGGCCCCCGUGUCUGUCUCUCCUGUGAUCGUACUGACACGGCCGGGGGGUUAGAAUGGAACAAACUGAAGGCCCGAUGAGAGAAAGGGAAAGUUAAGGAUGCUGGAGCAGAACAAUGGAUUUCUCUUUCUCUUUCAUGCAAGGGAUCAUGGGAAACACAAUUCAGCAACCACCUCAACUCAUUGACUCCGCCAACAUCCGUCAGGAGGAUGCCUUUGACAACAGCAGUGACAUUGUUGAAGAUGGUGGCCAGACACCGUAUGAAGCUACCUUGCAGCAAGGUUUUCAGUACCCACCCACAACAGAAGAUCUUCCUCCACUCACAAAUGGCUAUCCACCAUCAAUCAACAUGUAUGAAACUCAAACCAAAUACCAGUCGUAUAAUCAGUAUCCCAAUGGGUCAGCCAAUGGCUUUGGUGCAGUUAGAAACUUUAGCCCCACUGACUAUUACCAUUCCGAAAUUCCAAACACAAGACCACAUGAGGUUCUGGACAAGCCUUCUCCUCCACAGCCACCACCUCCUCCUUCGGUACCACAAACUGUGAUUCCAAAGAAGACUGGCUCACCUGAAAUUAAACUGAAAAUAACCAAAACUAUCCAGAAUGGCAGGGAAUUGUUUGAGUCUUCCCUUUGUGGAGACCUUUUAAAUGAAGUACAGGCAAGUGAGCACACAAAGUCCAAGCACGAAAGCAGAAAAGAGAAAAGGAAAAAAAGCAGCAAGCAUGACUCAUCCAGAUCUGAGGAGCGCAGAUCACACAAAAUCCCCAAAUUAGAGCCAGAAGAACACAAUAGACCAAAUGAAAGGGUUGACACAGUAUCAGAAAAACCAAGAGAAGAUCCAGUACUAAAAGAAGAAGCCCCAGCUCAGCCGAUAUCAUCUUCUGUUCCAGCAACAGAAGUGUCCACUGGUGUUAAGUUCCAGGUUGGUGAUCUUGUUUGGUCCAAGGUGGGAACCUAUCCUUGGUGGCCUUGUAUGGUUUCAAGUGAUCCCCAGCUCGAGGUUCACACCAAAAUUAACACAAGAGGGGCCCGGGAAUACCAUGUCCAGUUCUUUAGCAACCAGCCGGAGAGGGCAUGGGUUCACGAAAAGCGAGUGCGGGAGUAUAAAGGUCAUAAACAGUAUGAAGAGUUACUGGCUGAGGCCGCCAAACAAGCCAGCAACCACUCUGAAAAACAAAAGAUUCGAAAACCCCGACCCCAGAGAGAACGUGCUCAGUGGGAUAUUGGCAUUGCCCAUGCGGAAAAAGCAUUGAAAAUGACUCGAGAAGAAAGAAUAGAACAGUAUACUUUCAUCUAUAUCGAUAAACAGCCUGAAGACCAAGCGAAAAAGAAUACUGCCUCCAAAGCUGAAGUUAAAAAAACUCGAAAACCAAGGUCUGUGCUGAACACUCAGUCAGAACAGACCAGCGCAGGGGAGGUGGCCUCCUCACAGUCAGGUACUGAAAACCGGAGACACAGCCAGAGGCGGCACACGAGUGUGGAGGAGGACGAGCCGCCUCCUGUUAAAAUAGCCUGGAAAACAGCAGCAGCGAGGAAGUCCUUGCCAGCUUCCAUCACAAUGCACAAAGGGAGCCUGGAUUUGCAGAAGUGUAACAUGUCUCCAGUUGUGAAAAUUGAACAGGUGUUUGCUCUUCAGAAUGCUACAGGAGAUGGGAAAUUUAUUGAUCAGUUUGUCUAUUCAACGAAGGGAAUUGGUAACAAAACGGAAAUAAGUGUCAGAGGGCAAGACAGGCUUAUAAUUUCUACACCAAACCAGAGAAGUGAAAAGCCACCACAGAAUGUAUCAUCUCCUGAAGCAACAGCUGGUCCUACAGGCCCAGUAGAAAAGAAGCAGCAGAGAAGAUCAAUUAGAACGCGUUCUGAAUCAGAGAAGUCCACUGAGGUUGUGCCAAAGAAGAAGAUCAAAAAGGAGCAGGUUGAAACAGUUCCUCAGGCUACGGCGAAGACUGGAUUACAGAAAGGUGCCAGCGAGAUUUCAGAUUCCUGUAAACCUCUAAAGAAAAGGAGUCGCGCCUCAACUGAUGUAGAAAUGACUAGUUCAGCAUACAGAGAUACAUCUGACUCCGAUUCUAGAGGACUGAGUGAUCUGCAGGUAGGCUUUGGAAAGCAAGUAGAUAGCCCUUCAGCUACUGCAGAUGCAGAUGUUUCCGACGUGCAGUCCGUGGAUUCCAGUCUUUCCAGAAGAGGCGUUGGAAUGAGUAAGAAGGACACUGUGUGUCAGAUCUGUGAAAGCUCUGGCGACUCUCUGAUUGCCUGUGAGGGAGAGUGCUGCACACACUUCCACCUGGAGUGCCUGGGGCUCCCUUCACUCCCUGACGGAAAGUUCAUCUGUGUGGAAUGUCAAACCGGGCAGCACCCAUGUUUUUCAUGUAAGAUGUCUGGUAAGGACGUGAAGCGCUGUUCUGUUGGUGCCUGCGGGAAAUUUUACCAUGAAGCCUGUGUCCGUAAAUUCCCCACUGCCAUCUUUGAAUCAAAAGGAUUCCGCUGUCCCCAGCACUGCUGCUCUGCCUGCUCUAUGGAGAAAGAUAUCCACAAAGCAAGUAAAGGCCGCAUGAUGAGAUGUUUGCGGUGUCCGGUGGCCUAUCACUCUGGAGAUGCUUGCAUUGCUGCUGGAAGCAUAUUUGUGUCCUCCUGCAUUCUCAUCUGUAGUAAUCAUUCCAAACGGAGCAGCAAUUCUUCUUCAGCUGUAAAUGUAGGCUUUUGUUUCGUUUGUGCCAGAGGGCUGAUAGUUCAGGACCAUUCAGACCCCAUGUUCAGUUCCUAUGCCUAUAAGUCCCACUACCUACUGAAUGAAUCAAAUCGUGCUGAGUUGAUGAAAUUACCUAUGAUUCCUUCUUCGUCAGCUUCCAAAAAGAAAUGUGAGAAAGGUGGAAGACUGCUCUGCUGUGAGUCGUGCCCAGCGUCCUUCCACCCGGAGUGCCUGAGCAUAGACAUGCCAGAAGGCUGCUGGAAUUGUAAUGACUGUAAAGCUGGCAAGAAACUACAUUACAAGCAAAUUGUUUGGGUCAAAUUGGGAAAUUACAGAUGGUGGCCAGCAGAGAUCUGCAACCCCAGGUCUGUGCCACUGAACAUCCAGGGCCUUAAGCAUGACUUGGGGGACUUCCCUGUGUUCUUCUUUGGUUCCCAUGACUACUACUGGGUGCACCAGGGCAGAGUGUUCCCUUACGUUGAAGGAGACAAAAGCUUUGCUGAGGGACAGACUAGUAUCAACAAGACCUUCAAAAAAGCACUGGAAGAAGCUGCAAAACGUUUCCAAGAAUUGAAAGCACAAAGAGAAAGUAAAGAAGCACUAGAGAUUGAAAAAAAUUCAAGAAAACCUCCUCCUUACAAACACAUCAAAGCCAACAAAGUCAUCGGCAAGGUGCAGAUCCAAGUUGCUGACCUGUCGGAGAUCCCCCGCUGUAACUGCAAGCCCGCUGAUGAGAACCCUUGCGGCUUGGAGUCCCAGUGCCUCAACAGGAUGCUGCAGUAUGAGUGCCACCCGCAGGUGUGCCCAGCCGGAGAGCGCUGUCAGAACCAGUGCUUCACGAAGAGGCUGUACCCCGACGCAGAGAUUAUCAAGACAGAGCGCAGAGGCUGGGGCCUCAGGACCAAAAGGAGCAUUAAGAAGGGUGAAUUUGUAAAUGAAUAUGUUGGAGAAUUAAUUGAUGAAGAAGAAUGCAGAUUACGAAUCAAGCGAGCCCACGAGAACAGUGUAACUAAUUUUUAUAUGUUAACUGUUACCAAGGAUCGGAUCAUUGAUGCUGGCCCCAAAGGAAAUUAUUCUCGUUUCAUGAACCACAGUUGUAAUCCAAACUGUGAAACACAGAAGUGGACGGUGAACGGAGACGUCCGAGUCGGACUUUUCGCUCUUUGUGAUAUUCCUGCAGGGAUGGAGCUAACAUUUAAUUACAACCUGGAUUGUCUGGGCAAUGGCAGAACCGAGUGCCACUGCGGGGCCGAGAACUGCAGCGGCUUCCUGGGAGUGCGGCCAAAGUCGGCGUGUGCAUCAACAACGGAGGAAAAGGCCAAAAACGCUAAGCUAAAGCAGAAGAGGCGAAAAAUCAAAACAGAACCAAAGCAGAUGCACGAAGACUACUGUUUUCAGUGUGGAGACGGUGGGGAGCUGGUCAUGUGUGACAAAAAAGACUGUCCCAAAGCGUACCACCUCCUAUGCCUUAACCUGACUCAGCCACCAUACGGAAAGUGGGAGUGCCCGUGGCAUCAGUGCGACCAGUGCAGCGCUGCAGCUGUGUCCUUCUGUGAGUUCUGUCCGCAUUCGUUUUGCAAAGAUCACGACCAGGGGGCUCUGGUUGCCUCCGCGCUGGAAGGCCGCCUCUGCUGCUCGGAACACGACCCCGUGGCCCCCGUGUCGGCAGAAUACUGGAGCAAGAUCAGGUGUAAGCGGGAGUCACAAGACCACGGAGAAGAAGUGAAAGAAUAGAUCACUGGGCAUCUCCUCCCCUCCUUAUUUAAGGGGAAAAAAGGGAAAAGAGAAAAGCAAGUAGAUGAUGCUUUUUACAAAGAGAAGAGACUGCUACAGCGCGUGCAGCCUUUGCCAUCGGAACUGCCUUACUAAUGUGAAAACAGGAAACUGGUUCAUGCAGGCAGAAGCGAUGGGGGUCUGGUUUCUGUUUCGAGGUGUUGGUUUGGGGAUUCUUUUGUGGAGGGUGAAAUGCCCUUGGCUUUUUCCUUGCCUUUUGUUGUGCUUCAAUGCCUUUGCAGCUGGAGAAAGAGAUGUCUUCGCUUUUCAAAUAAGAACAAAGAGAAGGGAAGCUUUGCUGAUGAGAUAGAUUGCUGGUCUAAGACGUGUUGUUCCUCGGUUGUAUAAAGCAAAAGUAGCCAUCAUUCCUUUAUUUAUUUUCAUUUUAGGAACUCAAGAGAAGUGUAGUUGAAAUAGUCUAAUCAGUGUAUGUGUGUGCGUGUUCCCAGUAGGAGUCAGAGACAGCCCUCUAGAGAAGGGUGAGCUAACCUUUAUAUACCUCUUUACUGAACAGUAGGUAGGCUAACUUCUUCCCUUCCCCACGUCGGCCCCAGUCUCAGAGGAGGGCUCUGUGGGAGUCUGCAGCCUGGCCUCUCGAAAGCAAACACCUCGGUGGAUUUCCCCUGGGCGGUCGUACCCUGGGCGAGCCUCAUGAUGUGGUCACUUUACCUCAGAAGGUGUUCCUGUACGUUUUUGGUUGGGAAGAAAAAAGCAAUUGGUGUGCUUCCUGGGUUUGAAAGGUUUCCCGUGGCCAGCGAGUGCGCUGAUGUGGGUGUGAGCACGCAGUUGGAGCGGCCGCACUGGUAAGGAGCUGAAGGGAGCUGACAGCACACCCAGAAGCUGGGUCCCGGAAGCACCGCUUCUUGUCCAGUUUCACGGAGACCUGGUCUGACUAGGAGAGAAUUGUGGGCAUUUUUCUUCCUGUCUCUGUUUUCCUCUCCUAAUGAAACAUUUCCUUUGUGACCCGCCCAAUCGGGCAUGUUUCCUGCUGAAACUACACAUGCAAAUUGGCUCUGUAUUUGAAUAAAUCUUUCUAGUUGUGCUCCGAACUGGGGGCAAGGGGGAUGGGAGCGGUCGGAGCAUCCCCAGGUUAUUUGUAAACAGUUUCUGCUUUGUAUUCCCCAAUACGAAGACCCUUCUUCCCUGAAGAAGGGGAAGAACUGCUACUUCUGCAGGGUACCUAGAGCCACACAAACACACCCCAUCUUAGGAAGCACCCGAGAGUCAGUGUUAGCCAAGAUGGCUGCCUGAGAUGCUUGAAUCUGACAGAUUCCAGGAUACCCAGAUGUCUGCCCACAAAACACUCCUGCAUUGAAUGCUUCAGGAUAUGCGUAGUCCAGUAGAAUCCUGGGAUGAAACCUUGGGUCACGUCAGGCGUCGGUGGAGCUCUGUACCCAGCACAAGUCCGGGGCGAGCGCCAGUGACUGCCCCGCAGGAGGUUCCUGGUAACCUCAGGAAGGUGGGCAGGGCAGGCGCUCCGCUGCGUCCUGCAGCUGGGUCGUGUGCGUUGAGUUUUCUUACCUAGAGCUCCUCUCUGGAAAGAAGAAAAAAGCUGUUCUGUGCCUCUCUCUUCCUUUGUAAGUGUGCACUUACACGGGACUUUCCCUUAUCAAACAACACUACAGCUCCCUCACUCGAGCUCCUAGCCUGCCACCUGCCUGGCUCCAGCAGUGCACUCUCAAGGGAACGCUGGGCUCGCAGCACCUGUGGUGAGAUGCAGCCCCAGCGAGCAGAGUGGAAGCGCUACCCGCCACCAAGUCCCGCUGCUGCAAGCGCCCUGGAGUGCCGCCCACCGAAACACUAGCCUUUGCUCUUGAGCAAGCAUAUAGUUUGAUGUCCUUUUGAAAAAUAAUUUAAGAAAAUCUAGGUUUUAUCAUACUAAAAUUUUAUUUUAUAUAUAUAUGAGAUAAAUGUUUGGUUUUUUAAAUGUACUAACAUAAGGAUUUCCUUUACUAUUCCAGAUGCAACUGUUAUUGAAACAGUAUUCAACAUGAAAUCUUAUCUCCUUGCUUUGUUUUGGACUUAGUGCAAUUUAAUAUCUGAUGACUUUUAUAUGGUAAGCCAGGGUAUAUACUGUAUAGUGCAAAUACCUUAGGUUUAAGUAUUUUUAUGCAGUUUCUUCAUUGUGUCACGUUUUGGUUUUUUAUAUCUGUAACAGAGCUCUGCUGAAUUUUUUUAAUCCUUUUUUUUGAUGAAUUAAUAGAGUCACUCUGCCAUUUCAGAAAUCAGAAGUAGAACACAAAACAGAUAACCGUGGCUCUGAAGUCUUUGUCCAUGAAUGCUCUCUAAUGGUCUAAAAAGUAGGCCCACUCUGACCAGUGCCAAGGAGCGCUCCCCACUCCAGGCUGCCGGCAUCGACCUCUGUGUGUGGGAGUUGCGGCAGUGGAAGCAAACAAAGCUGUGCUCCCUGGGAGCGCCAGUCUGCACGCGCAGCGCGUGCCCCGGCCACACCAGCGAAAUGCGCCAGGACACAUCGCUCGCUCUCAGGCUGCAGUUGGUGUUUGCUGACCUGUAAAUCUGUACGCAGUCAGAGCGUAAGUGGUUGGCUUUUUAGUCUUGUCCGAAAAAUGAAAUAACUUAGAAGCAGCAUGGGAUAAUGGUGGUAUUUUUUUUUUAACCGCAAAUUAAUUCUUUGGAGGAAGAGAUGAGCCUAAGAGUUUGGGUAAUCAGCAUAAAGCUCCAGAAAGCUGGGUUCGUAGGAGCUAGAGGUGAAACCCUGGGGCUUCGCAGGCUCUGUGCGGCAGGUGGGGGGAGGCCCGCAGGAGCUGGCGGGGCAGGGCCAGCCACCUGCCUCCCUGGGGUGCGGGGGCUGCGGGAGGCCAGGCCCCAUCACUGCCACACACGGCGAGGUUCCCACGCUGUCAUCCUAACAAAUGAGCUGGCCUGAGCUGAGGUUAGGGUUCCAGUCGGGGCGGACCCGAGAAGCUUCAACAGGAGCUAACUGGAAGGAGGCCGCUCCUCCAGCCGCCCGUGGUCCUGCCCGGUGCUCUCCGGCGUGCUGGGCCGCGGUUCCUGAAGCAGCAGAGGUUCCCGCCGGGGCAAAGCCAGACCUGCACUUGGCAGACGGAUCCGCAGCCGCUCGUCCAGUGGCGCUUUAGGACAGAGCUCUUCCCUUAGCGUUCACCUUCAAAAUCAAGGCGUUGCCUGCCGGGAGCCGUGCCCUGCAGGAGGAGAAAACAAGGCAAUUCGGGCCCCUCACAGGCUGGGGAGCUUGUCCACGCCGCACGGACGGCGGAGAGCUGCCGGCUCCCGCAUCCCAGGCCAACAGACAAAAACGUCGAAAUUGCUUCCGUUGUCAGAUGGGCUAGGAAAUAGGUAUAAUUAGACAGCUUUGCAAUGGACCGAGAGACAGUGAGAAGUCGGCGAUGCGUCUGCUGAGAUGUCAGCAACUUGUACCUGGGGCGGGGCGGGGCGGGGCGGGGCGGGGCGGCGUGGGGGCGGUUUUCCACAGGUACGAAGUAGUCACUUUAACAUGAGACCUCUGCCUCGUUGAAUUCAGGUUUUUUAAGUACUUGAAACUCUUCAGCUGCUCCCCUUAUCGUUUGGUUUCUUUAUAAAUUCAUGAAGUAGAACGCAUGGUUCUGUAGACGGUUCUGGAAACAGGCAGCCUGGUCUCUUGCCUCUAGCUGGGCCGAAGUUCUGCUCACGGCAGAGACUGCUGCGGGAGGUGCACCGCGUUUGCACAGUCAUUUCCUGUGCGUGCUGCUUCGUCAGCCCCGCACCCGGCGCCUCCUCUUUCCUUCUAAUAGAAACCUGUUCAGAAACGUUAACUGCACUUACGUUACACUCCUGAAAUGCUGUGUGUCAAAAACCAUUUCCGUUUGUGUGUGUGUGUGUGUGUUUUCCGUUGCCGAGUGACAGGUUUGGGUGCGUGUGAAGGGACAGGAGGGAGAGUGGCCUGUCCUCAGGGAGGCUCUCAGUGUCAUUAGCAUGCAAAUGGAAAGGGAAGACAGCCUGGGCACCAGGCUCCCCCAGGGCCUUGCCAAGGGGUUCCUGGUCGGUUAAGUGGGCUGGAUGAACUUUCCCUCGGAGUCAGUCGAUGCCAUUGGCUUUCCUUUGUCUUUACUUGCCUGUGUUGAGGAAAGCACGUUGCCACCAUAACCCAGUGGCUCAGUGGUCACCCUCCUGGUGUGUGCACGGGGUGUGCACAUUUGGAGCUAUGAGAAAGUGGCUUGACCCACCUGAGGGACACUGCACAGCCGAUGCCCACACAUUCCUUUCGUUUCCCCUUGUUCUUUAUAAUGACCUUUGUAGAUGGUUAUUUCUGUACUUUAUCUGUAACGAGCUUUGUAGAUCCUGUGAAGUUAUUUUGCCUAAAUCACUUGAGACUUGAGUCUUGACUAACAUAGCGUCAAUAUUCACUAAAGCCAGUCUCUUGAGUUUCUGUGACUCGGCUAGAAGCUCUUGACACUAAGGGAUUAGUGUUCAUUUUCCCUGGGGAUGUCCCACUAGGGCGUUACUGUAUGAUGACUUGAUGUUGCCGCAUAGACUUCCAGAUGCAUACUAUUUUGAGGAUUUUGUUGAUUGGCCUAUGUUCUAUUGCAUAGUGUGAAUCGUGUGAAGCUUGGUUAACCUGUACAUAGAUAGCUUCUCGAUCAGACACAGUGUCUUUAGGAUUGCUCGUCAUAUUUAAGCUUCUUACUGAUGUGCGUGCUGGUAGGAACAUAAUUUUUGUACAUUAUUAUAUUUACUGAGAUGUUGCCUUUUUUAUUUUACAAAUACUUUGGAACUCAAAUGUGUUUUUUGCUUCCGUGAGGAUUAAUUUGGAAAAGGUUUUUAAUGACAUUCCACUGAUUUCAGAUUUUGCUUGAGACUGACUUCAAUAAAUUGUCCUGUAUGUUCCAAAUUAAA